AGCGUAAGUUGUCAGCGGCCUUUACAAACCUAACAAGAAGAAGUUUGAACAUCAUUGUCCUCUGAGUCAGCCCGGAAAACUCAUUUUAUACUAUCAAGAUGGACGAAUUUCCUAAUCCAGAUGAGGAAUACGAGAUGCUGCAUGCUGAUGAACUUGAAGUGUUGGAGGAGAUGGACGACUUUGAUGAAGAAGAGGCAUCAAUACAAGCAGCAAAUAUCCCUCCGAGUUUCAAACGUAGUCUGCAGUUUGAUAGCCCUACUGUAGCAAAAUCUGCACCCAAGGGAAAUGUAUCUUCAGAAAGCAGUUUAUCUGAAAUGACCUUGGUAGAGCAGACCCAAGAUAGAAGUUAUAAUGCUCAGAAGAGACUCUUGGAUGAUGUGUUAGAGGAUGGCUUAGACCGAUACCUCAAUGAAGACAUAACGGGAAAUAGAAAGAAAAGACUCAAACCAUUGGUUCCUUUAGUGGGUAUAGGUGUCAAAGACCCAAAAUCAGAUGAAGCAGCCCAUGAAGCAGACCUCUUCCUCAUUGAACGAAUUACAGAAAUACGGAAAAGUCUCCACGUCAGUGAGUUCUUGGAGUCUGCAUCAGUAACUGUUACUGAAAGACAUAAACACACUGCACGUAUUCAUCGGCAUAUACCUGAUGGAGAUUUCCAGGCCAUUACAACAGAGACGGGUAGGCGCUUUUACUUAAACAAAAUAGAAGAGGAAGAAUGGGACAAUAAGAUUGCCUCUCUGGCUGCUGUUCAAAAAUCGACCCGUUUUCUCAAUAUACCAUACUCUGUUCUCAGAGCUCAGGCAGAAAAUGAGCAAAUUCGGCAAGAUGCCAAACGAGCUGCACUUUUGCAAGAUGCUGAAGAUUCUGGCUUAGAGUCUGGCAUGGAAGAAGACAAUGACUCAAACAGCGAGUUACUUUGGGUGGAGAAGUUCAAGCCGAGACAUUAUUUUGAUUUACUCAGUGAUGAGGUUGGUGUUGUACAAAGCAAAGUUUAUUUUUUUUAAAUAUUGGUUUGAAUA